AUUUCUUUCGGCUGUUUUGGUAGAUUGCCUAAAAAGUUAUGAAAAUACGCUCUGUAGUAGCGAAAAAGUUACAAGUGCUUGAAAGAUUCGUCAGUCCUGUUUCGUCCUGGGUAGCUCAGUCAAAUAUAAAAAGUAAUUGACGUUAUGUGACAGAAGACUGACAAAACUGGAGAAAUCAAAUAUAGCGGUACGAAGAUCGCCGAGUCCGCUAAUAAUUUAUAAAAUCGAUUUAUAACUAAACAGGUCCAAAAUUUGUGUUUGGACCCUAACUAUGCAAAAAAUCAAUUAAAUAUUUAUUUGAGUGUUUGCAUUGUUAGGCUUUUUAUAAUAUAAGUAUAAAUAGCACCAGCAUGCGAAAUACGGCAGAACUUUUCGACCGAUGUAAACGAGCCUUAUCUUUAUUUUCCUGACAAACAUAUUGAUGAGAUAUAUUUAUUUUGACGUAUUGGCCUAGGAAGCGACGUGGUGUUAAUAUUAAUGAUGCUCGAUGUAAGAAUUGCUGUGAGCAAUUAGACAUUGUGAACGAAUCUAGAAUGUUAAGUGAAGGAAUUACUGCAACGUUAAUUAAUGUUAGCAAAAGGCAUUUAAGUUUUGCUCAGAUGCUUUUUGUUAAUGUUUUUGAAACUAAACUGAUUUAUUACUUUAAUACAGGUGAAUAGCUCGGUGGCGUAGUUAAUAAGCACUGUGGCCCGCGAUCGUUAUUGUUAAGCAACUUUCACAAGGGUUGGUCACAGGAUGGGUGACCAGAAUAUUAUUAUCUCGACUUGGUCCCGGUAUCGUUAACGCCUGCCCUUUAGCUCGCAUUGGGUCAGCGUAGAUGGUUAUAGUCCAUCCUCUCUAACCAUCCACAAGGAAGGAGUGGGGACGUAAAAGGACUUAUAAUGAUGAUGAUGACAGGUAAUUAUUUUUGAUUAUGAACUCUACUGUCAAAGUAUUACAAAUUAUAACCAAGUAGAGGGAUUUGUCAGAUUUUUAUAGCGUGAAGUGCUGUUGACUGUUUUGUAGGCAUACUCUUAUAUUGUAGUGUACGCUCUAUUUUUAGAAAAGAACCAUAACUUUACCCUGAAUUAAUUUCGUUGAGAUAAAAUUGACGUUUUCUUAGAGAAAAAAAAAAUAUAUCCAAUAUUGCCGCCUUGUGGCGUAAUUUUCGUUCUUCCAUAUGAAUUUUUAUCUCACCUCCAGGGAAUAUAAUUUACUCUUUUCACAGGAGAAAAUUGGGACUGUGUGAAUAAAAUAAGGGAGGUAACCGUUCAUGGUUCCACUUAUUAUGUUUGUCAAAAUGGUAUUUGUAAUUUUUCCUAUUACAGUUUAAAAUAAAGUUUCCAGUGAUAAUGGAUAGCUUGACAUAAUAACUUUUAAAUUUGGUUUGCCUUUAGGGCAGGUAAGGUCUUCGGGGGGGUAUAAUAGGUAUAAAUAAGUUAUUUAUGUCCCGGAUCGCACUCAGAAAAAUUGUAGACAACUCUUUCUCUCAGUGCGUCAAAUAAUCCCCGAAACGCGGGACUACCUGUCUUGCGCGGCAUAUUUAAAUUUUUUACAAAAAAUCGGGACAUCUUGCAAUACUGUUAGUGAAAAUAGCAACCCUGGCUUUGUUGUGUCACAACCUUAUAAACCUAUUUCAUUUUAAAAUAAGCGAAAUAAUACAUAAAUUGCAGUGAUUUUGCGUACAAAGUUAUAGAGGACACCAUUAAAUCUGCAGUAUUGUUAUCCACGAAAAUCUUGGCUGUUUCAACUCACAGAUUCUAAAAGUUAAGUUGAAUUUUUAUAUUUUUUACUUGUCAUAAUCUUGCUACCAACAAGAUUUCAACAAAUUAUUAAAACGGAUACAAGCUCAGUGUUGCCACAAUCAACAAAUUUGCGCGAAUCAGAGAAAUCAAUACCAAUUUUGUUCUUGCAAAAAUUUUCAUUAAGGCAAAUAAUUCAAGAAUGGCACCAACCUUAGGAAGUUGUGCAGGUUGUAAAAACAAAUUGAUAAGUAAAGAAUUUCUAACAUGUGAUACCUGUAAAUGCAAGUAUGAUCUCGAAUGCGGAAAUGUCAGCUCAAAACGUUAUCAACAAAUGGAAAUACGUCAAAAAAGUACUUGGAAAUGCCCAGAGUGUACUUGUAAACUACCCAAAAAUGUUAACUCUAACACUCCGAUACGGACUCUUAAUGAAGUAAUGAAUGAAAAAGACAGUCUCGAAGACCUAAGUAAUCAAUGUGAAAAUGUUACCAAUCGUGUAAAACGUGUAAGAAAACCAGUUGAAAAUAUCCCUUCUCGGGAUGCCGUGCAAGAUAUGAGUGUUGUAAAUACCACAUCAUCAUGUCAUGGAAGCUCAUUGCCGAUGGAUGGUUUUGUCACAGAGGGUCGACUUCGUGAUAUUCUACGACAGGAAAUAUGUCGAGUUAUCAAUCAGCAAGUAACGGAACAGUUAAAAGGAAUCAAAGACCAGAUGACUACUUACAAUGAUUCCCUUGAAUUCCUAAAUAAGCAAUACGAGGAAUUUAGGAAAAUCUUGGAAGAAAAGAAUUUGGCUAUUAAGAAUCUGGAAAAGCAAAAUCAAACCCUACAAUUAUCAGUCAAAGAAAUCACUAGCAGGGUCGAAAGUGUGGAGCAGUACAUGCGUGAUUGUAACGUGGAAAUAAACGGAAUACCUGAACACCGAUCAGAAAAUCUAAGAAAAGCUCUUAUACAAAUCGCUAAUACAGUUGAAAACCCACUACAAGACAGUGAUAUACAGCAUGUUACAAGAAUCGCGAAACUGAAUAAAGAAAGCAAAAGACCCCGGGCAGUAAUUGUCAAGCUGCGGAGUAUUCGUCAGCGUGAUGAGCUGCUGGCCGCAGUUCAAAAAUUUAACAAAAAUAGAAAACAACAUGAUAAACUGAAUACUCAACACCUGGGCUACUCUGGAGAGGUAUCAUCAAUUUAUGUUGCUGAACAUUUAACGCCUACAAAUAAGUCAUUACAUGCUGCCGCGCGUAAGAAAGCCAAAGAGGCAGCAUACAAAUUUGUGUGGGUUCGCGAUGGAAGAAUCUAUGCUAGGAAAAAUGAGCACUGUUCUGCAUUGUUGGUACGCAAUUUUGAUAGCCUUAAGCUGAUUAUUUGA